GUCCUGCAUUAUUAUGCACCACCGACAGGUUGUUUGAAAGGUAAAAUUUCCAAUACAUCAUAUACAGUAAAUACAAUUCUACUGUAUAUACAAUUCUACUGUUAUUCAAUAAAGCACUUUUUCUGUUCCUAUUUAUCACACUAGUUUCUGUCUUUUCUCAGGUAUGAAGCCAGCAUUGCUUCUACUGGUUUAGUUGAUUUUCAUUUUCAAUUCGAUGAGUUCAUCAGUGCAUGUCUGUAACACAGAGAGAACAACAUGACCCUGAUUCUCAGUCUGAACAUCCCUCACAAGAGUUGCAGUGAUUCCAUCCGGAUCAGAAUUUCAAGCUGAGAAGUCCUUAACAACCUGCACAAAUAAAGAGAGUCAAUGGACUUUGAAAAAACGAUAACGAUCUUCAAGACUUUAAACACAGCUCCUCCUCAGUCAUCCCUGGAUGUGUAAUUGCAUUCUCAAAAUUAACACCUUCGAUUAGCCAGUCCAGUAACAACACAACGGAGACUAUGGUAGACAAAGUAUUUCUGGCAACCUUCUCAUCGGUAUGACAUCACCUUACCCCUUCUGAACUCUUGACUGCAAUGAAGGAGGAGCUGUGAACAGCUAAACACAGAACCAGCAUUUUUACAACAUUACAGGACCUUCAGAACAAACGAAAGAACAAGGUGAUAAAGGAGAUGCAGGUACAGACAUGGGAUUUUUUUCUGUGCAAGCGGCCCUGUUCGUAGCUGUUAUUAUUGUUGCACAUAUAUCGGCAAAGACCACCCAAUUUCCAAAAUACCAGUACACGAAGAAGCCCUUUCAAGAGGUCCAUCAGACCACAACUACCUUCUCCAGCGCAAUGACAGAGGAGACAACGGACGGCACUGAAACCUCUUCUUCAGCUGCCACUGACAGCACCACGUUCCCUGACACCGUGCAGCACGCCUUCAGGACCAUAACAACACCACCUCCCAGUGGGGAACAUGAAAACUUCACCCUUGAUUAUAAUGAGUGCUUCUUCAAUUUCUGCGAGUGCUGCCCCCCUGAACAAGGGCCAAAAGGACAGAAAGGUGACAGAGGGCUUCCAGGUCCCAGAGGAGAAAGAGGGGAGCAGGGACUAAGAGGGUUGCAAGGGGCAGCAGGACCUGCUGGGUUAAAUGGGCUAAAGGGAGGGAAAGGAGACAAAGGUGACCAAGGGGAAAAUGGAAUGAGUGGAAUCCCAGGGAUUCCUGGAAAGCAAGGAGCUAAAGGUGAUUUUGGAUCAAAAGGAGAGAAGGGAAAUGUUGGUUUCACUGGGCCUCCAGGUGACAGAGGAGAGAAAGGGGAUCCUUGUGAGAAUGGUACGAAAGGAGAGAGAGGUGAAGGGGGGCCUCCAGGUGUACAGGGGUUAAGUGGAGAGAAGGGGGAUACAGGAGAGAAAGGGAAGAUGGGAGAGAAAGGGGAAUGCGGGGCACUAGGGGAAAAAGGGGGCAAAGGUGAGAAGGGGGAAAAGGCUAUGAAAGGUGAAAAGGGAGAUAAAGGGGAUCGUGGCAUCAGUGGUGCCAAUGGUGCCAAUGGGCUGGAAGGAGUAAAAGGAGAACCUGGAGCAAGUGGAGAUAAAGGCAACCCUGGCACUGCAGGCUUACCAGGACCAGCAGGGACAAGGGGGAACAAUGGACCAAAAGGUGACAGGGGACAUCCAGGGAUGAAAGGGGACCGUGGGCCAAGAGGAUUUAAAGGAGCCAGGGGUGACAGCCUGGUACUCAAACGAUCUAGCUUCAGCGUUGGCCUGUCACCCAGUAAAUCGUUCCCUACAUCUGGUUUCCCAGUCAAAUUCGAUAAGAUCUUCUACAAUGGGGAGAAUCAUUAUGAUGCAAGUAUCGGUAAAUUCAACUGCAGCAUUGCGGGGGUGUAUGUUUUCACCUACCACGUGACUGUAAGAAACAGGCCUCUUCGACUCGUGCUGGUUGUCGAUGGCUCCAGAAAGCUCAGAAGCAGGGAUUCAUUGUACGGACAGGAUAUUGACCAAGCUUCUAACUUUAUCCUCUUGAAGUUAAAUCCGGGUGACCAAGUGUGGCUGGAAACCCUGCGAGACUGGAAUGGGGUGUAUGCUAGCAGUGAAGACGACAGCACCUUUUCAGGAUUUUUAUUGUAUUCAGAUGAGGUUUGAUUUAUGCCAUUUCCUACUCUUUUUAUGAUUUCUGUAACUGUUUCAAGUAUUGAAAAAGAGGUAGCAUAUCAUUUAAAGAUAUGUGUAAUUAAUUAUUAACACAGUAUCAGUAAAAGACAUUUAAGACAUUUCUUGAGAUUAAAACAAACUGAUGUGGGUUAAGAAGGAAACAUUAGGCUAUCUUUAAAUGAAGUAGUGUAUACAAAUACAUAUUUCAGUACCCUUGUAUCUUUGUGUAUCUGAUAUGCAUUUAUUCAAAUUGUACAUGAUUUGAUACACAGUGUUGUUAAUUAUCUUAUCAACUGCUUUGUGCUUUUAAAUAUUAGAAACAUGUGAAAUAAAAUG